UUCCAAGAUAGGCGCACCUGAUUGGCACUGCAGCCAUGAUCAGCGCACCUGCAGCGGAGCUAGAUCUCGUCCAGUUGGAUCAGCGGAUCAAUGAUGUACUGAAGACCUUCAACAGCUGCAAUGCCCAGAUGGCCGCCGAAAAAUCUAUGACGGAUGAGGUUUGGCAUUUUGCCUCAUUCCCAGUGUGGUCGUUUGCAAGGACAGCCAAGUCCCUGGUGGCGGUGCUACCUUCUGGAAAGGAUACAGUGGCCAGGUGUUUGCACCAAAGCAACGGGGGAAAUGGCAACCUCUGUGCCCAUUUUUUAGUCUUUCAAUUUUCAUAUGACGCCUUGCUGGCACCAAGGCGGUCAUGUGACGGUAUUCCUCCAUAAAAUGACAUGGUUUCCCCGUAGAGUGCAAGCAUGCCGACCAAAGUGCAUGCAGAACACCGCUACGAAAUCGGCAGAGAAACGCGCGGGCCCUCAAUGGAAGGCCGGGUGGUCUGGACGUCCUCAGAAUGAGAAGACGAAGUGGAAGUUCCAUAUUGUUUGCAUGCAGUUCCAGAUCGUCUUUGGACAGAAGCAUUGAAAAUAUAUGCUUCAAAAGUGGCAUGAGCCAGAUUGAAAUCGCAGAGAAGCUUGAAGGAGCUACCUUCGACAGUGUCACUUCCUUGGCACGAUUCGUGUUUACAGUCUGUCAUCAAAACGGCCACUGGCCAUCACUUCGGCCAAUCAACGUGAAUGUUGUCCAGGGUCUCAACAAGCUUGUGUCAAGGCCAUGCUCACAGGAGUGGGUCAUCCGGCUACCCAGGUAAAACUCUAUCACCUCAACAGAAAAUGUCAUACAACGGCGAUGGGAUCACGGCCUGCCACCUGGUGUUCAUUACCACCUGAGUGAGAAGUGGCGGAGCUCGUACGGCCAAAAUUGGCGUGGACAGUGCGAAUGUAACACUUGAAGCCUUGAAAGGCCCCAACUCUUUUCUUCUUUUCUGUCCCUGUCAAAACUUUUGGUGGCAUGAGAGGCUGCUCCUAGUUCUGUCAGAAUGGAGCCCGCGGUCAAGCCAGAAGCCCACACCGGCGUCUCAGACUCCAAGGAAGAACAAAGACGCGCCCUUGCCUAAGGCAAAAAAACGCAACCAAAAAAUAUUGGGAUGCCAACUGAGAAAGUGAGACCAGGAAAACACAUGAUGCAGCGCGGAAAAAACGCAUAAAAA